AUGCAAAGGACCGGUGCAAUUGAAAAGACGGUCGAUCGAGAGUUUGAUGAAGAAGAAAGAAGAAUUAAAAACUUACAACAAAAGUCCGAAAAGCUUCACAAAGAAGCAAAAGGAUAUCUGGAUUCUUUGCGUGCAAUGACCACAGCUCAGGUCCGAAUUGCCGAAACAAUUGAUAAUUUUUAUGAGGAUUCUGAUAAUGCACUUGUAGGAUCAAAAUAUAAACAAGCAGUCGAAAGAUUAGAUGAUGAUUGCCGUAAUUCUUUGGCAAUAUUAGAGCCACUUGGUCGUUUCUGUGCCUACUUUCCCGAUAUUAACGAAAGCAUUAAACGUCGUAAUAAGAAAUUAUUGGAUUAUGAUGCGAUGCGUUCAAAAGUUCGAAAGUUGGUUGAUAAACCAUCGGAUGAUCCGACUAAAUUACCAAGGGUGGAACAACAAUCAGAAACAUCUCGAGAAAUGUAUGAAUCACUCAACUCGAAACUCUUGGAGGAAUUGCCACAACUGAUUGAUUUGCGAGUUGAUUAUAUAGAUCCAACAUUUGAAGCAUUUGUAAAAAUUCAAAUGAAGUUUUGCCAGGAAAGUUAUGAACAAUUGGACGCGUUGCAACAAUAUUUUCCGGCGGAUAGACACGUUGACGUCGAACAACAAGAACACCCUAACAUUACAUGUUCUUCUCCUCCUUCAAUGCCAUUUUCGCCUUCAACAACUCCUAUCAUUGAAAUCUUUGAACCACAAUUACCACAAACACCAGGAAAUUCACUUCCUUCUGCCGGCUUUUUAUCUUCUUAUUCGCCCACAACUCCACCGUUUGAUGACCAAUCAAUAACAAAUAUUCCGCAGACUCGGAAUGACAUUUCCAAUAACAAACCUGAUACUAGUAACGAUAAUAUAGCCAUCUAUUUUGAAUCCAUACAGAAAGAAACUAUUGAUGAUGACGAUGAUUCUCACAUGUUGAAAAAUCUAUUGCAAUCACAUAUUGAUGAUAACAAUAAAAACGUUAAUAAUAUUAACGAUAAUGUCAACAUUCAACGCCAAGGUAAUUUAACAAACUCGUUUGAAGAAACCAAUCAACGAGGUUAUAGCCAGAACGACAAGAAUAUUCAAACAAAAGAAAUAAUUUCCAAUAAUCAAUUUAAUAAAGAAGGAAUUACGGAGAAUAAUAAUCAUCAUCGUCCUCAAUUUGAGAAUGUUACGACAACACAACAACAAUUCAAUCCUGAAGCAUUGGAAAACCUCAGCAAAUAUUCUCAAAUUGAUUCACCACCGACUGUUGGUUCAAAUUCUCCGCUUUCACCACGACCAGAAGAAAAUGCAGACGGGUAUGGAUCAUUGUUCGCUUUCGACACUACUAUUUCUAACAAUAAUGAUAAUAAUAGUGAUGGCUCAUUUAAUAUGAGUGAAAACAUUAAUAAUCUUUUCGCCGAAAAUAAUAAUCCACAAUCAUCGACUUACCACAUGUCAAAUGACUCUCUCUUUACUUAUAACUACGAAAACAACAGCACUGACAUGCCGACUACUCCUCAAGAAAAUCUUACAUCAUUAAAUCAAUCCAUUCAAUCGUCGUCAUCAUCUAUAUCCAUUUUGUCUGAUCAAAACAAAUCUUCUGAAAUACUUGAUUUUGCUUUUGCUAACGACAUCGAAAAUGGCAGAGAGAUUGACCAAAGGAUGGUCUUUCCUUGGGAAGAAAAUACUUCAACAGACUCUCCUUCCCAAUAUUCACCAAAUUCAAAUAUGACGCGACCGAUUGAAAAUAAUCAACGACAGCAUCAAGAGCACCAUCAUUCAAACAACAAUCCUUCUGAUAAUCGUCAGAAUCAUCAACAUAACAAAAAUCUUGGUGAUAAUAGCAAUUUCACUACUAAUUCUUUAUUAUCACCAAAUUUUUCUAAUUCAAACACCACAUCUUUCUCCCCGUUGCCGUCUUUUCUUGAACCAAAUCAAUCAUAUUUUACAUCCCGAUCCUCUGCCAUAAAUUCUGAUAAUUAUGAUAAUUACACGAUAAUGGGGCAAAAUCUUGGAAUUAAGGAAUCACAGAUACAACGACAACAUCAAGUUGCUUCAGGAAAUUCUAGCACCGGCAUCACCCCUUUCGAUUGGUCAUUAUCUAAUCCGUCGAAUUACGCAGAGUUUUGGCAGCAACAUCAACGUUCACAACAACAGCUAUCACAAUUGAUCCACUCUUCUCCUUCACUAUUUCAAUACUAUCGAUUGGGUAACAAUAACAGCAAUAACCGUAACAGCAGCUCACCACUUUCACAGCAGCAACAAAAUUUGUGUAAACGUUCGAUGCGAAAUGAUCUUGGAUUUCAAAAUGAACAUGAUGUUUCAUUAAAUCCAUCAGAUCCGCGAAAUUUGCUCUUUAAUGCCCAAAUGCAACAAGACAUGUUUCAAAUUGCAUCACCUUCAUCAGAACCUUUACGUAAACGCGCGAAACCACUAGAGAUGAAAAAUAGAGAGUUUCCUAAUAUUAGCUUCCAAGAGAAAUCAUCAAAAUCAACACCAUCUCCAAUAUCUUCACCCGUAUUGCCAUUUACUCCUUCUGCAGCAGCAGCAGCUGGAUACCCUCCUUCUUGCCUUGAGAAUCCCAAAAAUUUUUAUAACUAUCUUCAUCACCAGCAUCAUCAAAUUGAUUCUCAAGAAUAUUCGCAACAAAAUGUGGAGACGGAAGAAGAGGAAUCGACUGCUGAACUACCACCCGCUGAUCCCAAUGACACCCGACCAGAUUCUAAGCCUCGACGACAAAGAACUAGGUAUCCGGGUGAUUUGUAUACGCCUAAAUGGGUUCGACUCAUGGGUCAAUCAAAGGAGGGAUAUUGUGAUUUAUGUGAACCGGGUAAAUGGUUGCAAUUGAAAAAUAGUGCAUAUUGGUACCAUAAGCAAUUCUAUCAUGGAAUCUCUUCAGUAUCUGGAAAGUACUUUGUCCCUCCAAUUGAUACACGAACCGUUCAAGCGAAUUCAUCAAUAAUUUAUAGUUCCUCUUCGAUGAACUCCUUACCACCAACAGCUUCCUCCUCUUCAUCCACUCUGGGCAACACUGAAGGUCUUUGCCAUCAAUGUCAACAAUGGAUUCCAUUGACAAGCACAAAGAAAAAGACGGCAACAACUUCUGUUCUUUGGUUUCGUCAUGCACACAAAUGUCACGUUUACAUAAAGCCAAAGAACGCGCCCUCAAGGAAAAAGUAA